AUGGCCACGGCAGCGGAUUACGUUGGCAAGAACUGCCCCUACUGCGGGGCCAUCGACAGCAUCGAGACGGACGAGGCACGCGGCGAGGCUGCAUGUGUAAAUUGUGCUACCGUGGUGGCGAUGGGUCUCGAGGAGAACGUGGCAACCCGUUUCGAGAAGGACGCGACGUACGCGGACGUCGACCGCGGCGGCGACGGCGGCUGGGACCCUGCAAACGGCGGCGCCAUUGGCCGUGCGACGGCGAGAAAUUCUGGUUUGACCCGGGAGGAAGCGGCGGCCGCCGCUGCAGGCCUCUUGCGGCGCCCCAACGGUGCCGCUUCGGCCACCAACGCCGGUCCGUUCGGCGACACAGCCAAGUACGCCAAGACGAAGCUCCACCCGCGGAUGUCGGCUCAACUAGAGGUGUUCUUCCGUCUUUCUCGUCGCCAUGACGAGGCCAUCUUGCGCGACGCCAUCGCCUUGGCGAAGCACUUCGUCGGCUUUCGCCGAGAGCGUGGCAUGCGAGUUGAGCAUCAGACAGAGGUGGCGGCGGCGUCCGUAAUGUUGGCGGCCGAGCACCUGGGGCAGCCGAUCCCGUUGAGCGAGAUGCGCGUGUUGGACGGGACGCUCAAGGAUGUGGAGUCCCGACGGCAAGAAAUCCUCGAUGCGACGAACCUGGGCGAGGAGAUGGCGCAGAUGGCGAAACAGUACGCGCCGAAUCUAAUCCAUUACUACGUGCGGCUGUUGCAGCUGCCUCUCAUCCGCUACGAGAUGCCCUGCCUCGCCCUCUUCCGCGCGAUACGUCAGUGCGAAAGCAAGCCCGACCCCGGCGCGUCGGAGCUGGCGGUGUUCGUGGAGGCGGAGAAGGUGGUCAUGGCAGUGUUGCUGGCACGCACAGAGCCGCGGCUGCGGUGGGCAAACAAACCACCGCCGCCCGCCGACCCGAGCGCCGAGCCGUCACGCGCCACCUUGUACAGCAGUUUUGCGUCCAGCGCGCAUCUGCAGCCGGUACGCGUGGAGCGGCUAAUGCGGGUGGCUGAGAGGGCGGUUCCACUGAUCCAGCCCGAGUUUGAGCGGCUUAUGCAGACGCCAGAGUUCGCGAUGGCUGCCAUACAUACCAUGGGUGAGGCUGUGGUGAGCAUGACCGCGAAGACGGAGGACACCAAGUCCUACGCACCAGCGAAGUCGGGGCCGAUACUGACCAGCGCGCCGUCGGCGCCAAACAUUGCUGGGGGUAACCGGAAGCGCAGUCGCAGCCGCUCCACUACCCCACCAGUGCCACCCUCCUCUGCGUCGAAGGAGCGGUGA